AUGACGUGGAACGUGACAGUUUUGGUGUCGGAGUUCAUACUGCAGUGCGUGAUUGAUCCUGACCAGAAGACCAUUAUUACCGUAUCACUUGCCCUAAUCUACUUGACGACACUCAUUGGGAACCUGCUGGUGAUUGUGGUCAUCACAAUUGACCUUCACCUCCACACCCCAAUGUUUCGGUACAUUUGCUGCUUAGCCAUCAUCGAUAUCGCUAACAGCUCCAAUAUUAUCCCACGCAUGUUGGGUAUCCUGCUUUUCAACUACUCCGCUAUACCCUAUGAACCCUGUUUACUGCAGUUAUCUAUGUUGGGCUAUCUAGGGCUUUUGGAGGGCAAUCUUUUGCUAGUUAUGGCCUGUGACCGCUAUGUAGCUGUAGUUUAUCCCCUGAGGUAUCCAUCGAUUGUUACAAGUAAAGUUGUCUGGGCCAGUAUCAUCCUGGUGAUCCUUAUUGGUUUUAUUUUACUCAUUCCAUACCUGGUUUAUGCAAGAGAACUUUCCUUUUGUCGCACCAAUGUUUCACCUUACUGCUUCUGCGACUAUGCAACAAUGGUGCAGAUUGCAUGCAACGAUGACCCCAAGUACGCUGUUCUUCUGUCAACCACAACAUUGAUAGUUGCUAUGUACUGUGUGACUUUGACCCUCUUUUCCUAUUACAAAAUCGCUCGAGCUGCUCUGAAAAUCUCCUCCGUCAAAGGGAAACAGAAGGUUUACAGUACCCUGCUGACCCACCUGCCGGUGGUUGCCCUCUUCUAUCUCCCUUUGAUUAUCUCCUACAUGCUCCCUGGAGUCGGGGUAAAGCUAUCAACUGAAGCCUGCAAUUCCUUAAUAAUUGUAGGCAUCCUAGUCCCCCCGAUGGUAAAUCCCUUAAUCUAUAGCUUUCGAAAUAAGGAAAUAAAAAGCAGCAUCUACCGGCUUUUCACGGGAAACAGAACCAAUCCUGAGAUCGAGGAUCCAUAG